AUGAUGUGCUCAGUGCAUGGAAAGGCUCGGACGGCAAGGAAUCUCGAAGACGAUGGAGACGGCGGCUACAAGUGCACGAACGGAAACGAGUGUGUCAGAGUUCGGAAAAACGCGCAAUUACCAGGAGACGCAACAUGCUCCCAUUGCGGAGCCCAUCAGCUUGCAACAAACACGAGGUGCCACACUUGCGUCGCCCCAAAUCCAAGGGGGGGAAACACAUGUAGCGGAAAUAAUCGGAAGGACAGCAAGGAGGAGGGUGAUGAAGUCAGGCUGAAAGUGUGCAUCCUCAUGUGGUACGACGAAGCCAUGGAGGAAUACGCAGACUUGAACCGUGAGAUGAACCGCAGAUAUUGCGAGCGCCAUGGAUUGGAUCUCGUCGUGUCGAGCAGCAGGGAACGCCCCGAGAGGGGGCCUCACUGGGAGAGGUUCUCGCUCAUGCUGAAGCACAUCCGGGAUUACGACUACAUGGUCUGGAUCGAUGCAGACGCAUAUUUCUAUCCUGGGGCGCGGGAUAUCCGCUCUCUGAUCGACGUGCAGAAGGACUUCACAUUCAGCAGAGGUGGGCCCGGCGGGCCGAUGCGCAUGGUCAACUCUGGCGUGUUCGUGGCGAAGAGCUCCGACUACAGUGUGCAGUUUCUUCUGGAGUGGGCGUUCAACGACGAGCGGUACAACAAUCGGACGCUACCCCAGUGGCAAGAUCAAGCGGUGCUCUUCGAUCUCCUCCGGGAGAAUGCGCUCGGCAUCCAGGAGCACUGCUCGUUUCGUGCAUACGGCACCUUGCAGCACCUCAGGGAGGUUGGGCCACGUGCCCGCUUCGACAGGAAUCCGUUGAUCUUGCAUUUGGCCGGUGCGCCAGCGGGUGCACGAAUCAAGGCCUCGGGAAGGUACACCUCUCCGGGGGCCCCGGCGGCUGGUCUGGACGCCACAUAG